AUGGCGGCGACCACGGCAGCUCUGGUGCCGCCGCCGCGGGAGGCCGGCGACUCGGCGGCCACGCCCCCGGGCGCCGCCGCCGCCGCCGCCGCCUCCGCCGCCUCCGGCAAGUCCAGCAAGUUCUGCAUCGAGGCGCUGCUGUCGCGCGACGAGGACGUGGACAACAACAACCUCCUGGGGCGGCGCGGGGGCGGCGCGAGCGACGACUCGGCGGCCAGCCUCAGCCCCCCCAUCUCGCCCGGCUGCGAGGACCGCCCCCGGCCGCCGCCGCCGACCGCCGCCGGCUCGCACAUCGUGCCGCGGCCGGGCCUGCUGCCCCCGGGGCUGUUCGCCGCCGCGCACCAGCCGCCGCCGCCGCAGCUGUACGCGUACCCGUUGCUGCCGGGCUCCGCCUCCGCCUUCCACCCGCUGGAGGCGGCGCGCGCCGGCGCCGGGGGCGGCGCGCCGCUCAGCCACCAGCACCUGCAGCACAUGCAGCUGGAGUGGCUGGCCCGCGCGGGCAUGCUGUACCCGCGCCUGCCCGAUCUGGCAGAAACCCGCGCGACGCGGAGUGUAAACGGAGCUGUGUUGUCGGUGGUCGCAGGCUGCGGACCGCAGCACGCGCUCCUGGGCAAGACGCGCCGGCCGCGCACCGCCUUCACCAGCCAGCAGCUGCUGGAGCUGGAGAAGCAGUUCCGCCAGAACAAGUACCUGUCGCGGCCCAAGAGGUUCGAGGUCGCCACCAGCCUCAUGCUCACCGAGACGCAGGUGAAGAUCUGGUUCCAGAACCGGCGCAUGAAGUGGAAGAGGAGCAAGAAGGCGCAGCAGGAGGCGAAGGAGAAGAGCGAGGCGGACAAGCGAGGCGGGAAGACGGAGGGCAAGACGAAGGAGGCGGCGGAGCAACGCGACUCGGACGACGUCAGCAGCAGCGGCGCGCAGGCAGCGCAUUCUAGCGGCGGCAACUCGAGGAACGCCAGCCCCUCCCCGCCGAGCGACGCGGCGACCGCUGCGCAUGCGCCCGAGCCGCCGCCCCUCCCGCGGCUGCUCGCGCAACAUCACCACCACCACCUGGGGCAGCACCGGCGCCUCGGCCUGCAAGAUGGUGGCGAGCCGCUCUACAGGCCCUAUGUCGUCUAACGGCGCAACUGCUCCCGCCCGGGCGGAUCCAGGGCUCCCGUGCUCCCGCAAGUGCGUGCGCGAGGACGUUUCACAGCGGCAGACUCCAAGCACGCCUCGUUUAAAGUCCUGUCUCCAUUAACAAGCGAGCCAGGACCGAAGCGUUAAUCCAUUGUCACGCCAUGGGUUGCUCCCACUGCUGCUAAAACUUCCGCACAGUUUUUUUGUUGAAUAUUCUUUCGGCCGCUUUUCGUAUAGUGGACGUUGCAGAUC